AUGGAGAAACCGUGGAAAUGUGGGGAGUGUGGGAAUGGUUUCCCUUCGCUAUCUGCGCUGGAGAUUCAUUGGCGUUUACACGUCGGGCAGCGGCUAUUCACCUGUACUCAGUGCAGGAAAGGCUCCACUCAGUUACACCACCUCCUGGCCCCCCAGCAAGUCCACAGCAGCAAGAACCCGUUCAUCUGCCCCGUGUGUGGGCAGGGUUUCACUCAGUCACACCACCUGCUGCCGCACCAACGGAUGCACACCGGGGAGAAACCAUUUUCCUGCUCCGUGUGCGGGAAGGGCUACACCCGUUCGUAUCACCUGCUGCUCGGCUUCCACGUCCACACUGGGGAGAAGCCGUUCACCUGUCCCGUGUGGUGCAAUGAUUUCUGUGAUUCCUCCACCCUGCGCAAACACCAGCGCAUCCACACCAAGGAGCAGCCGUUCACCUGUCCAGUGUGUGGGAAGGGCUUCACCCAGUCGUGCAACUUGUGGAGACACCAGCAACUUCACAAGGAAGCAGCAGAGACUUCCAGACACAUCGAUUUGUAUUCAGCGAUAUCCAGGGAUCUCAAGAACUGCCAGUAUCUCAGGAAGAAUCGUUAUUCCGGGAGGAGCGUGGUGUGCACCUGUAAACUCCAGAACUUCCCCCAACUUCAUGAGUCAACACUAACUUUUUCUGGACCAAGAAAUGAAAGGGCCGACGAGAAACUGUGA